UUAGCACCGCAGCUGCAGUUGCCUGAAUAACCCACGAUGGACCCUGUCCACCCUCAGCCUCUGCUUCUGAUCUAGUUUCUACCCGACACACAUGGGCUUUUAGCCAGGAUCAAUCCAGCUUAUGGCACUGAUAAAUAGGAAGCGUGUGAGGCUGCCAGCUGAACUCUGAGGAAGGCAGCUUUGGUGCCCGAACACAGGCCCCGUGAAGGCAGUGGCCAGAAGGAGGAAUCACUGUGAGAGCUGAAGACAUGGGGCUGUUCUGGCCCCCACCUGGGCAGGGGCACAAGAUGCCCUGGCCGUGAGGGCUCCUUCCCUGCCUACAUGCAAGUCAAGUCCACCUGCACGGGGACCUGCAUGUCCAGAGCUGGCCAGAAGAUGGCGCUAACCCCCAGACCGCUCCAUGCUGCCCUGCUGGUUCUGUGCUGGAGGUUCAGCAUGGCAAAUGCAGAAACCAUCCCACUGCAGACCCUGAGCUGCUAUAAUGACUACACCAGUUGCCUGGUCUGCAGGUGGGCGGACACCGAGGAUGCUGGGCGACUCAUCACUAUGACCCUCCACCGCAGCUUGAACAAUUCCCCUCCAGAGCCAGUGUCCUGUAACAUCAGCGAUGACAUGCCCUGGUCCCAGUGCCCCUCUGACCGCUGCGUGCCCAGGAAAUGUGUCAUUCCCUACCAGCAAUUUGUCCUCGCCGACAAUGAUGCCUUCUCAUUCCAACCAGACAGACCUCUAGGAAUCCAGCUCAUGGUCACGCUGACCCAGCACGUCCAGCCACCCCCUCCCACCAACCUGCAGAUCAUUGCCACUGGGGACUACUUCCUGCUGAACUGGAGCACGGCCGUGAACGAGUCCCAGAGCUCCUGGCUGUCCUCAGAGGCCUUGGAGUUUGAGGUGCUUUACAAGCGGCUCCACGACUCCUGGGAGGAAGCCUCCAGCCUCGUGGCUAACUCCUCCCAGGUCAUUCUGGACCCAGAGCACCUCUGGCCUAGCAGCACUUAUGUGGCCCGAGUACGGACCCGACUGGCCCCAGAUGGGGUAAUUUCGGGGCGACCUAGCGAGUGGAGCCCAGAGAUCCAGUGGGACUCGCAACCAGGGGAUGAAGCCCAGCCACAAAACCUGCAGUGUUUCUUCAACGGGGCCCAUGAGCUCACCUGCUCCUGGGAGGUGAGGUCCCAAGUGACCAGCUCCGUGUCCUUCGGCCUCUUCUACAAGGCCAGCCCUGAUGCAAUGGAGGAAGAAUGCUCUCCAGUGCUCCCAGAGAAGCUGCAUGGCCUCUACACCCGGUUCUGCUGCCGUAUCCCUGUGCCUAACCCCCACACCCAUGGCCACUACACCCUCUCAGUUAGGCCCAGGAAAGAAGAGAAAUUCAUCAAGAGUUCAGACCACAUUCAGAUGGCCCGCCCCACCCUCAGUGUCACCAAAGAAGGGGACAGCUUCAGCCUGCGCUGGAAGGCCCAGCAGAUGUCCUACAGCCACAUUGAGCACACUUUCCAGAUCCAGUACAGAAAGGACACGGCCACAUGGGAGGACAGCAGGACGGAGAGCGUGCAGAAUGCCCACGGCAUGACCCUGACAGCUCUGGAGCCCUCCACCAAGUACUGGGCCCGAGUGAGGGUCCGGCCCACCCCUGGCGGCUACAAUGGGAUCUGGAGCGAGUGGAGUAAUGAGCAAUCCUGGACCACUGAGUGGGUGCUGCCUGCAUGGGUGCUGGCCUUUGUCCUGGUCAUCAUCACCGUGGCCUUCCUGCUAGCUCUGCGCUUCAGUGGCACCUAUGGGUACAGGCUGACACAGAAGUGGAAGGAGAAAAUCCCCAGUCCCAGGAAGAGCCACCUGUUCCAGAAUGGCAGUGCACGGCUCCGCCUCCCUGACAGCACCUGGGCCUUCCCCAACAGGAGCUCCCUAUGCCAGGGGCCCUGGGGCAGCCACCUCCCUGAGCCUGAGGGGCCAUUCUCCACUGAUUUCAGAAUCAGCGAAGUGUCCCCCCUGACCAUAGAGGACCCUAAAGAGCUUCAUGAACCAUCACAACCUGGGCCUGAUACCAUCCCUGCCACUCUGAAUCUGCCCACGGAGCCACUUGCAGGGACCCAACUCAGCCCACCAGCCACCUCUAGCAGCCCUAGCAGCCCUAGCAGCCCUGGCAGCCCUGACAGCCAGGCUUCUAGCUUCGAUUUCAGUGGCUCCUACUUAGGGUCCCCCCACAGCUGCUCUCUGCCUGACAUGUCUGGCCAGCUGGGAAACUCAGAGCCAUCCAGAAGGAGCCAGAAGUCCUUGCCUUCAGGCUCCCUGGAGUACCUGUGUCUACCUCCUGGAGGACAGGUGCAACUGGUCCCGCUGGCCCAGGUGUUGGGGCAGAGCCAGGCCAAGUUGGUGCAGCAGGAACGCAGCCUGGAGGCUCUGGGGAGUCCCACCCUGGAGUCAGAUGGACAUCCUGCCCCUCCCACACCUGGGCCAAGGGAGGAUGAACAGGCCCCCAAGGAUAGACCAGAGGCUCCGCCUGUGGGUUCUGGUUAUGUCACCCCUGCUGACCUGGCACUCACCCUGCCCUCAGCAGCCCCGCUAGUCUCCCUGCCUCUCUCUCCGGGCCUUCCCCUGCUUCUAUCUCCGGGGCAUCAGAACCCUAGCCUCUGCCCUGGGCUGGCCAGUGAACCCCCUGGAACCCUAGACCCUGGGAAGCCAGGGUUUGAGGGCUACGUGGCACUCCCUCCCUGCACAAGCCUGCAUCCCAAGUGCCCUGUGGCCAGCACUGCCCCUUCCGCAAUCAGCAGUGCUGCCCAGAGCCCUGCAGAGCCUCGGGGGGAUGUGACCUCAGCCUCGCCCCACUCUGAGGGGCUCCUGGUCCUGCAGCAGGUGGGUGACUACUGCUUCCUCCCUGGCCUGGGACUGGGACCUCCCUCAUGGCGGAGUCAACCCUCUUCCCCUGGACCCUGCCCUGAGAUUGGGGCCCCAGAGCAAGUUCUGGGGGACAAGAAGCCCCCAGGCCCAUCCACACCCCAAGUGCCAGCCAUUCAGCUCUUCAAGGCCCUGAAACAGCAGGACUGCACGUCCCUGCCUCCAUGGGAGAUGGGCAGGCCCGAGCAGGUGUGCUGAUAGGCUGCGAGCCUGCGCAGCCACCCAGCCACUUCUAGGAAGCUGAGGCAGGGUGGGAGGGUGCUCCACCAAACCUUCCCCCAUGCAUUGGCCUUUUAAGUUAACUUAUUUUCGCAUUCCGAGUUAUUCCAGUUCACGGUGCCUACUUGGGCCGCCUCCAGCACCUUAUUUUUGUCGCCAAAUUUUCUUGUCAUUAUCUUCCCACUGAUCUUGUAUUUGAGUGAGGUUGGGGCCAAAACUGAACCCCAGUGUUACCAAGAAGCCAGAUCAGGUGGAAUUUCAUUCAACACCUGGGGCAGCUGCUUGUCCCAGGAACCACAGAACAGGUACACACACGUCUCACAUUCUAGCCCAAGAAGGCAGGGGACCCCAGAGGAGUCCCUCGGGGAUCAGAGUCUGACUGAGCCCCAGAGGCUGGGUAGUUCCAGAGCACCUGCUGGUCCCUGGGGAGGUGGCCGGGCAGGAAAUGGGAAGAUGUCUCCUGCAGAAAAGCCCUUAACAUCACCGACGUGGGCAGUGUGGGUUAGCAGCCACACUGGGGGUCAGGCUGGUAGGACCUGUAAGGUGGAGGGUGAGGGUGGACAGAGCAAGUGCGAGGAAGAAUGUGGAACCUGCAUGAGUCCAGCUACGGUGGAGAAGACCUACUCAACCAAGGAGAGAAGGGGAAUGACCAGUUGGCACCCACACCUGUGUGUAAAAACUUUGAACCUAACCAGCCCAGCUGCCCAACGUCCUUAAGGAACAUCCAAAACAGGCUGGCCCUCUGGCCUUGGCCGGUGGGGUGCUGGGCUGUAGGAUCCCUGUCUGGUCCCUCUCUGGGCCUUGUUAGUACGAUUCUUUCAACUCUGUCUCUCUGGUUCACAACAAACCAUGGCAUUAAAAUGUUGUCAUUUGCAUUA